AUGGCCGCACCCCGCCGUGCCGCCCAGCCAGGCGUCGGCAGCAGCGUGCCGCAGCCGCCCGUCGUCGAGGCACCCACGCAGCCCCGCCUGGGCCGUGGCCUCGCUGCGACGGCGCUCCUCUUCGCCGGCUGCUUCGUCCUGUUCAACCCCACGGUCGCGCGCGAGCUCGUCACCGGGCCGCGAGUCAAGGUCAUCCGCCACGAGCAGCAGGCAGAGGCGUUCGUCACAAAGCAGAAUGAGAGGCUCGUCUAG